AUCACUCGUCGUUGCCUCGCAAAUAAUCGAUUCGAUCAACUGGCGAGAAAACGACACAUUGCACAUGCAUACUACAUGGCGCGCAAGCGAAUUGCAUGUAAAUGUCAGGGACACGCGAGCAAUUAGCGUACACACUUGACUCAAAAAUAUUCCUUUUCGUCUUAUCCACAUUCUUUAGCAGAUAAGCUGACAUUUUUUCUUCCUCUUCGUUGCCUUAAAACCUAAUAUUUAUGCAAUGUUCUCAUUGAGGUUUUUCUCAUAGAAAGCGCGGAAGAAAACGCAAGAUAACAAUCGGAAUGAUAAAAACAAAGUCUCGCCUCUUUUUACCUAUACUAUUAUUUUAAUUACAUUUUGUCGUAAUCAAAAUUGACGAAACGUACAUCUUCGAGCAUCAAAGAAGAAAGAGGAAACAGAAAAAUCAAAGGAAAAGAGCACGCGGAGAAAUAAAUCUAAACGGUAACGCGAAAUUUCCUAUAUAAACGUCCUCUUUUUUUUCUUUUUCUCUUUCUUUCGUGCAGCAACGCGAUUUCACGAAUGCCGGCCCGUUUCAUGCUAAUAAUCAGAUCGAUAUACAAGUCAUGGCACCGGGAAAUAUUGAUCAAAGUGGUCGCUCGACCGCUGACAGUGCGCCCGUAGCGAUCGCGGUAGUUAUGUGCGGAGGAACCGUCGCACGAGCGUCGCGGAACUCGGUGAAGCUGGGCUUUCUGCUGCUCCUCUUCUCAAUCGCGCAUCUGCCGCUGGUGCGACACGCCGAUGCCAGGAUACUCCAGGGCAACUUGACAACAAGCGAAAACUGGGCAUUCGUGGCAAGAUUUUGUUUUCUAACGGAGAGCGGUACCUUUCGGUAUCAUUUUGAAUUAGGGGGUGAAGAAAGCGAGCUGAACAUCUUGCUGUACUACGAUGCGCCGCAUCAAUGGCCCACUAUUUAUCCUACCAAUAAGACGUGCUGGGAGAAACAGAGUAUUCUCAAUAUCAAAUAUGGUCAAAUAAUACCACUGAACACGUCGGAGCCCUUUUCGGGAUGCGUGGAGGGCGACGACGGUACAGUUCGAUGCGACAGUCAGAGGAGAUUCAUCUCGGCACGGCCGAGAUGGUGGUUCAUAGCUUUAGCCGACUGUUCUUCCAAGAAAGGCCUGAAUGUCACUUAUUGGAUAUCGUUGACCAAUGCGCCGCCCGGCUCGUUCUGGAAGGAACACUUUUCCGCGGACGAAUUCUACAUACUGCCGUUGCUGAUACCAAUCGUCUGCAUAUACAUGGUAUUAGUCGCCGUCAGUUUCCACAUAGCGUUGCAAUUGCGCUCCAGAAGGCUGCUGCAUAUAUCCUACAAACUGUUCAUAGCCUCCCUGCUAUGUCAAUUAUUAGGAGUAUCGUGCGAGCUCUACAGCUACGUUAAUCUUGGCCUGAGAGGAGUGCCAGCGAUAGACUCUUACCUGCUGGGCCAGCUCUCUGAAGCAUGCUCCGAGACAUUGUACACGGUACUCAUGCUGCUGCUCGCCCUCGGCUACACGGUUACCAAAAGUGUCCUUACGUCAUCACAAGUCCGAUGGCUUAUAGUGUUUACCAGUAUUGUCGCUCUUUUUCAAAUGUCAUUAUACGGAUAUCAGAUUGAGCAAUUCGAUCCCGGAUUGGUGUUAUACAUUUAUGAAUCGCCACCAGGCUAUGCACUAAUAGCGCUCAAAUUGAUCGCGUGGUUCGUGUUUGUCCUUCGUUGUUUCAAGACAAUCAGGAAAUUAAAUACAAAGCUCCAUUUCUACGCUUCGCUGCUUCUCUUGGGAUCAGUAUGGUUUCUCUUUCACCCGAUAACGAUACUAAUCAAUACUAUAUUUGUGGACGAAUGGGUGAGAGAAAGCGUGGCUAAAGGAAGUUCCCUUUUUAUUGUCUUCUUGGGUCAUAUAAUGUUUUUAUAUGUAACUCGACCAUCUGUGAACAAUAAACGUUUUCCAUUCCACAUUAGGACAUUUCAAGUUGUGCCUAUAGGUCACGGACAGGAUCACAGUUACGAGCCUGGUCCUCGAACUGCAGUUACCGCAUUUACUAUCACACGGACACCAGCUUACUUCAAUCAAUCACAAUAGGCGUAGAUAGAAAAGGAACAAUAGCAAAAUAGGAAUGUGCAACCACUGGUGGAAUGCAUCAUUACUGAAGUAGCUAUCGAAGCAAAAUAAUAAGUGGCUACUGAAAAAAUAAAACUUUUGUAAUAUCAGUAUAUUUUUUUACUAUACAUGGCGCAAUGCAACAAUGAGCAACAUUUUUGCAUUACACCUAGCGAAGUGGAAAUUUAGGUAGUGGCAUAACAUUGAUAAUACUGAAUUGUCAUGGGCAAAAAUUUAUAUGUGAGUAGUUUUGAAUUUAUACGAUCCUUCUCUCAUCUUUUGUCACAAAAAUAUUUAUAAUAAAGUGCAUUAUGUAAUUUCA